AUCCUGGUAUAAAAGAUGAGAACAGAAAAGCAAAAAUACAUUUAGGAUAAUAAUGAUAAUAAUUAUAAUAAUAAAUUAAAUACGACAAUUUAUGUUUAUUUACUAUUUAUGCACACAAAAUAAGGAUUGGACUUAUUUGCCAUAAUUAACAUUCGAUAUUCUACAAUAAAAACAAAUAGCUGCCGAGAAAAACUACUCAAAUGUUUUUUUUUCUAUCCUCUUGAUUCGACGUGGAGAAAAACUCGGGUGGCCCUCUCCCCUCCUCUCAUCUGCGUGGGCACAUCCAUAAUAAUAAAAGAAAAAUGUCGGCCGGGUCCUUCUGGAGAUCCUGCAAGAAGACAACAAGCUAAAUGAGAAGUCGUUCGAAAAAUAAUUCCCUGAUAUGUGCAGUCAGUCAAAUGCGGGCAUGGCGAUAAUCAGGCUGGACUGGAAUCAUGGCGGGUGUUAUUGGUCUCAUUACUCCACAGAUUUACAGAUGACAACGUUAAAAAAAAAGAAUCCAGAAUGGUUACAGCAAAGGAAACUGGUGGAAAAAUAAAAACCUCUACGAUAUAUUCAUUUGUGCAAUUUAAUGAAAUGAAAAGGCUAUGUAGAAAUUGCCAUCAAUUUAUAGAAUGUAGACUUAUUUUUAUGAUAUGCAGCCAUUUCAUAGUAUUUAUGAAUUCCCCAGUCCAGACCCACUUGGAGACAAAAAUCUUCUAUUGUUGUUGUAAUAUCAUUUAGAUUUGCUGGGGAAUUUAAUUUGUGUGGUUUUACGCAGGGGUUUCUGCCAUUCUUCUCAAAUGAGCUAAAAAACCUUUUGUGUCAUGUUCAGUUUUAAUGACUACAAAAUGUAUUUAUGUGUGCAGUAUUAUUUGUUCUCACUGAUUUUUCACCAAGAACCAAUUUCCAGCUCAGGUCUGAUUGAUAUAAGAGGACAUGGACACACUAACCCUGACAUAUGGUUAGCAGGGAAACCUAGAACAAUUGAACCAUGGUGUGUCAAAGCAGGAAAAAAAAAAACUGAUGCCCUGAGUAUUUCUGCAUCCAUCACACUCACACACACACUGAGGAAUACACGCACACGCACACACACGCAUUCACAGCAAGGCACUGAUUUGACCCAUAUGCGCCAUUUACGCAGGUAGGGCAGACACACCGCGUUUUAACCAAAGCAAGUAUAUGUUUUUCUUUCAUUGCAUUUCUAUCCGUGGGAAAGUGCUCCUAAAUCACUCCUGCUGUAAAAGACAAGUGUAUAGGACAGGCUGGGGUCCACUAAAAGCCGCCACCCACUCCUCUCCUUUCACACAAAGCCUGUGCGUAAUUCCAAAAAAAGCCAUCCAUCUCUCCCCCUAGCAGCUCUGUCCCUCAGCACGCCGUCUGCUCCGUGCACAAACCUGCACGUCCACCGAAACGACGAAUAAUAUAUUGUGUAAAUACCAACUCACAAUUCAAAGAUAAAAGCCAGGUGGAGAAGCGUCACCCUGUACUCACCGAUGGCGCAUUAUCACCUCCCCCCAAAAAAGAAAAUGGUCGCAUCUUGUGGAGCUUAUUUAUCUAUUAAAACAUCCCUCCAGCGACAGCCCCGGCUUUAACUGCGAACAGAAACUGGUUCUAAUCUGAGUGGCCAGUGUUUCUCGCCGCUUCCUGGCUGCAUUUGAUCCGGGGGAGAGUUAGAAGCCUUAAAUGUGUUGUGAGGGCACCGAGCUGUCAGACCUUUUGGCGAGUAAGAUUGAUCGCGCACAGGCUUCCAGGACUCUUUGUUUGGUAUAUAAGCAACAAACUGAGAGAGAGGCCUACCACUUCUCCUCUUCCUCUCUCCUCUUACUUACCAAGCCAUGUAUUUUUGUUAAUGCUUUAUGAAAAUACAACAUGUGCUGCUUGACGAAUAACAUCCCAAAUAUGGCUUUCACAGAUUAUUCGGGAAGAGCUAUAAAAACAAACGCUGCGGGGAAGAGCCAUUCAAUAACAAUUCCAUUUAACACUGUAAAUGUACUCGUUGUGCACGGUCGAUCAUAAACGUGUUGGUGUUUGCUUAUAGUUGCAAUUCCAGGUGUAGAGCAGAUACUGGUAAUACAGUAGGAAGCCUCACUCUCUGUAUUGCAGCCGCUGUGGUUCCAGAAAACACCUCUGCUGUUACCUUUGGAUUUUUCCCUUUCAAGGCGAAAAUGCAACAAUUAAAAAAAUAUUAGGAUGAUGUUAAAAAGAAAUAAAUAAUGAUGACAUCUUGCUUGUGGAGAAACCUUGCAACUAUUGCAAUCACAAAACAAAGAGUUCCUGUGUGUUUGAUCCUAGCCUUUUGGGGAAUGUGCGCAAACAAGGGCGCGCAUGACCUCCUUUUAAAAAUUCGAGCUCAUGUGGAGUAAACGAAAAAACACCUAUGUUUUAAUAUUACAUCUUAACAACCGAGAUAGAAAAACCCCAGCCUGUGAUAAAACAACAGUGAUUAUUAAAGCCAAUGUUAUCAUGAGUGUGUAUCUGCUGCUAAGUUCCCCUGCACUGUUUGUAAACGUUGAACUGCUGUCAGGGGAUGAAAUGGCCUGAACGUUGUCAUAUCCGUCAGUAUUAACUUAAUGGAUGGGCGUUUUAUUGCAACACAUGUCGAUGGAUGCGCAGCAUAUUUCAUUAUAAUGCACCUCUAAAGAAUCACAGCUAUGGUGGAGACCACACUCACUGAGCAGGAGCUGGGUUGUUUGGGGUUUGUUUCUGUCGAGAAGUCUCAAUAUCAGUUUUUUGGGGUUUGUUGCUUUUUCACCCCUGGAGCCUGCCUCUUGCCUAUAUGAAUAGCUACUGGCGUGAACUGUGUGUGUGUUAGUGUGUCUGUGUGUGUGUGAGUGUGGUGGGGGCGUUCUCCACUGACAUCCUCAAACAAUACGAGAAAGAGGAGUGCACGAAUCCGCGCACCCUAGGCUGGGCUCCUUCCCUGUAAUAGUGAGCGUCAGCCAUUCUUAAAAACACACAUUUUGUCGCUUAGUGGACUGGACUGGAGGGGCAGAGAGGAGGAUAAACUGAGCGGACAAAGAUGUAAAUAAAAACAGUCGUCUCCCAGCUGAGCGAGGCGGUCUUCAUCCGAGCUUUUGGAUCAAUCAGGCAGACACUGGCUUCUUUUGAUUAAACCCCAAAUUGUCAUUGGGCAGAGGUAAUCAUGUGACAGGCAAUUCGGUCCAAUUUCAACCUUGUCUCCAUGAAUUCAAUAGUUUAAUAGUAGCUCGGUCCCCAUACGGCCGUAAUCAGUGAUAUAGAAAAAAGAACCACCACGAGAUUUUUUAAUGAUUUUUUCUUCCGCGUCCUCGCUGAGCCGCAACAUUUAUAAAAAUACGCGUGCAAACUUUCCUCGGCUCUCAGGGAGCGGAGAUGAAUUACGAAUUCGAGCGAGAGAGCGGUUUUAUCAAUAGUCAGCCGUCGCUUGCUGAGUGCCUGACAUCUUUCCCCCCUGUCGCUGAUUCAUUUCAAAGUUCAUCAAUCAAGAGCUCGACGCUUUCACGCCCGACACUGAUUCCUCCUCCCUUUGAGCAGACCAUUCCCAGCCUGAACCCGGGCAGCCAUCCGCGGCACGGCCGGCCCAGACACAGCCCCGACGGAUGCAGCCAGCUGCCCACCGCCUCCUUAACCCCGGAGUACCCCUGGAUGCGGGAGAAGAAAGCCUCCAAGAGGAACCACCUGCCCACCUCCACCGCGACCACCCUUUCCAAUGGACCCGUGUGCUUUUCCCCAAAAGGCUCGCCUGAGAUCGUUGAGAGCGCCGGGGGAGGAGGGGGCUCUCGUCGGCUGAGGACGGCGUACACCAACACCCAGCUGCUGGAGCUGGAGAAGGAGUUCCAUUUCAACAAGUAUCUUUGCCGGCCGAGGAGGGUGGAGAUAGCGGCGCUGCUGGACCUGACCGAGAGACAGGUUAAAGUCUGGUUCCAGAACCGGCGCAUGAAGCACAAGCGGCAGACCCAGAGCAAGGAGAACCACAACGGGGAGGGGAAAGGGCCGGGAGCCGAGGAUGGCAUCCACAGCGACGAGGAGGACGAGGCCCCCCUGUACGAGCGGAGCGGGGCCCUGCUGGAGAGAGAUACCUGCUCCUUUCAGAACAACUCCCUCGGCUCCGCGCAACAGCUCCACAAUGGAGAGGCCAUGGGCUUUGCUGCUGCGUCGCUGAACAGCAAUGACAAAAAUCUGAAACAUUUUCCCAACCCGUCACCCACUGUUCCGGGCUGUAUGUCAACAAUGGGCCCCGGCUCUGCAUCUGGCCCGGACAAUGGCGACAGUCCCCCGGCCCUGGAUGUUUCUAUACACGACUUUCAGCCUUUCUCCUCGGAUUCCUGCCUGCAGCUCUCCGACGCGGCCUCGCCGAGCCUGUCAGAGUCUCUGGACAGCCCCGUGGACAUUUCAACGGACAGCUUCUAUUUUUUCUCGGAGUCCCUAACUACAAUCGACCUGCAGCAUCUGAACUAUUAAACCAAUCACAAUAACUUUUAUUUUCCUUUCUCUUGGGACAUUAAAUAUCAGGCUACGAUGGUAUAAACUCUGAUGUUAUUUGUAUAUGCGGCACAUUUAUUCUGUUGAUAUUUGACUGGCGAUUAAUUCAAGGUAAGGAUGAAAUUGAAUCACUGAAGUAGCUCUACUCCAAUGUGGCUUGUAAUUACCAUAUCAAAAUGAUCUCUUUGAAUGGAAUUUAUGAGUGUAUGUGAAUAAUAUUACAAUAUUAGGCCUAUGGAACCUGCUCAUUUUUAUUUUUGUAUAGCUUCCAACGUCUUGGCUAUUUUUGUUAGAAUACAAUUAACUUGCUACGA